UGCAAUAAAUUGUCCCUACCGGACACCGUAGCAUCAUACAAACUGUCAUGGUGAACGCCACACACAGCAUGCGAUCUUCUGAAUCGCUUCGCUAUGCUGAGUAUAUGCCGGGGACCGUAACUGGCAGUUCAGGAACAGCCCACGAUCGGAGGCUGGGUGGAACUCUAAUUGCAGUGGGACUUGGUGUGGCAGCUGCUGCCUUUGCAGGUCGCUUUGCCUUUCAGCUAUGGAAACCCUUGGGUCACAUUAUAUCCGAAAGUGCUAAGAAAUUUCCUACACCAAGUCUUUCUUAUUACUACAAAGGGGGAUUUGAACAGAAAAUGAAUAAGAGAGAAGCUAGCCUUAUUCUUGGUAUCAGCCCUUCUGCGAGCAAAUCCAAGAUUCGGGCAGCACAUCGGCAAAUCAUGAUUUUAAAUCAUCCGGAUAAAGGCUCCUUCGGAUUCCCCCGAGACUUCACUACAACGAUCUGUGGACCAAGGCUUCUUAAGGCAGAGUGCUGAGGCUUACAGCUCCAUUGGUCUGGAGCAUUCCCACAUUCCGGGCGGAUCUCCUUACCUAGCGAUGAAAAUAAAUGAAGCCAAGGACCUAAUGGACUCUAGCACCAAGCAUUAAGAAAUAUCAAUUAAUUUAUAUUUAGAUACAUAUUGUAUUAACUAUUCCAUUUUAUUAUUUGUAUUUGUUCUGAUAAAUGGUGUUAUGAAAAGCGCAUAUAUAUUUUGUUUUCUAUUCCACUGCUAGUCAGAAACUGUAUUUGAUCAAUUCUAGCAAUUUUAAUUAAUUUCAGUAUAAUUAUUUUUAAUUAGUGAUGUGGUUACGUUAUGAAAUACUUGUUAAAUGUAUUUUGAGAGAUUGUGAAAAUAAGCAUAAGACAGACUUUUAGUUUGUUUAAUGAUAUUAUGUCUAACAUAAAACAAAAACCAUACAUAAAAAAUGGAAUCUAUUUUACUAUCCAGAUUUUUAUUUUUCAUCAGUUUGUAUCGGUGCCAAGGCAAAUACAUUAUGCUGUAACCUUGGCAGACUCAUAAGAGCAGCAGUAAAGCAGGAGCAAUGGAUGCUUCAUCAAAUUGUGUGCCUGGAUCCCAGCUGUUGUAAUAAGGGCUAUCAGCUGACUUUGCAAUCAUUUGUGCCUUUGGUCUGCGUCCGAUGCAAUGCACGUUCACUUGAUGUGCAAAUGAAUAAAUAUGUAAGAAAAUGUUUUAUUUGC